GGAAAGGAGGACAGCUGCUGUGCCUGGGGGUGAAAGCCUGGCGCCACACACUCUGCUCCCCUCCACACACACUGCUACGCUCCACACACCACACUCCACACACAACAACUCAGGCAGCAGCCUCUCUCUCUGCGCAUCUGUUUUGGUGGGGAAGCGGGAGAGAAAGGCUGAGGAAGGAGGAGAGGAGGUAAACAAACAAUAAGCACCCCCUCCUCAACCCCUCCACCACCAUUUCCUUCUUUCCCUUCUUCCUUCCUUCCUUCCCUCCUUUUCCAGACCCCCAGGAAGGGGGAUUUUGUCCUUCCUCCCAGCCAAGAUCCCCAACCUUCAGAGGAAUGGGCUCCAAGCCAGCUGCAUUCACCGACUGGAGAUGCUGAGAGGGAAGACCCCAGACCCACAACACACACACACACCCUUCUCCCUCCAUCUCUCUUCCCUUCCCAGACCAGAUUUGGGCUCCUCCUUUGCACAGCUACAACCAGGAUCCUCAAGCAAGGCAUCCGCCUUGUUGUCUUCUUGGGAGGGGGAAACAUGUAACCACAUGAGACUCUCCAUUUGGGAGUUCCUGAUGGCUUUCAGACCCAAGUGAUUUCACUCAGAAGCAAAACAGAAACCAGUAUUUCCCAGACAUGGAGGUGAAGGGACAGUUGAUCAACUCAUCCAGCUACAGCUCUUCAGAGGCCUUGCAGCGGGAUCUCUGCCCCCGAAUUCGGCUGGAGCGGGUGCAAGAACUGCUGGAGAAGCAGCGGGCCCUUCAGCAGGUGCUCAGCCUGCGGCUCAAGGAGUUGCGUCGGGUUUGCCUGCAGGAAGCUGAACUGACAGGAAAGUUGCCUCCAGAAUACCCACUAGAACCAGGUGAAAGGCCCCAGCCUGUGCGGAGGAGGCCAGGUCUUGCCUAUCGAAACACCAAUGUCAUGAAGAAUGAGGAAGCACCUUCGCUGGAGGAGCUGACCCGUGAGCUGGCCCUGCAGCAACAAGUGACUGAGGCAGCCCGGCGCCUCGCAGUUGCCCCAGAGUUAACGGCUGAGCAACGUCGUCGCCGGAGGCAGGUCCAGGCAGAUGCUGCCCAGCGCCUUCGGGAGCUUGAAGCUCAGGUGGCAGAGUGCCGGAUGCGGCUAGGCAAAGGGCCACUGCAGAGAAUCAGCCAUGAAGAGGCUUUUCAUUCCGAGAGCAGCUCCCUCUCAGAAUCAGCCAGCCAUGAAAAUGGGGUAUGUGGAUGCUUCUAUCCUGUCCAUUGUGCUCUGUCCUCAGACGACCCCCACAGCUUCCAUUCCUCCAAGGUCUCCAACCAUCAGGGGACUUUCUCUGACCGCCCUUCACCUCCCAAGGCCCGAGAUCACCUCCGUGCCAUCUCCAGCAGCCCUGACCGGCGACCCGGAUGGCGGCUUUUGCAGCCAGAUUUGUACAGCGAGGCUAAAGACCGUCGGAACUCUGUUGCCAGCCCUACUAGCCCAACCCGUACCCUUCCUAGAAGCGUGUCCAGCUUUGAGGGCCGGAGCGUUCCAGCUACCCCUGUCCUAGCAAGAAAUGCUUGUAGUGGGAGCCACCAGUUCAGGUCUGAAGCCCCCGCUCUCCACCCCCGCCAGUGGUCAGGCAGCCACGAUUCCCAACUUGGACCCCCAAGCCGUGACACCAGCGCUGACCGGGCUUCUCUCUUUGCCGCUCGGACCCGCCGUAGUAAUAGUUCAGAGGCCUUGAUUGAAAGGGCCCCUUCGGAGGACCCUCUGUUGCCCACCGGACCCCCUUUUAAAAGUGCCGAGGCCCUGACCCCUUCUGUCUCAGGCCGGAACCCUCGUCCCCUAUACAACGACCUCCUUGUGGACUACUACGUUGAGCGCAGGUGCUGGGGGGGCGGCGGUGGUGGUGAGCAUCUCUCCCGCAGGGAUGGACCACCCCAGCCAGAGUGGGGGGGCUUUCCUGAGAGCCCAGUCCAGCGCCGAGCCCGGCCAGCAGCCCGCACUAAAUCCUGCGGCCCGCUCUUGCCCCCACAAUCCCGGGAAGUUGGUUAUGCUCCCCCACUGUUGCACCCUCAACGUAACUUUCACAAAGCCCUGGCCCUGGAGGGGCUGAGAGACUGGUACUUGCGAAAUGCUGGCAUCAGCCAGAGAGGGGCACCAGAAAGACGGGGAGCACCUCAGUCUGUACACCAGCAGUUGCGGAGCUACUACGAGCCGUCACCUUCCAACCCUGAGAUGGGCUACUACAGUGGGCCAGGAGGGCUACCCCACUCUGUGAGCUAUGCUGGGCAGCCACUCUAUGGCAGACCUUUUGGGGAGCUGCUUUACAUGGAUGACUCUGCUGGCCCUUACAGCUUGGACUCCACAGAGCACCCAGCUCCGGGGACUUUGGUCUGACCCUCGCUUUUCCCCCAAGGGGAAAUGGAGUUUUAUUUCCUUUUUAUUUUCCUCGCUGGUGCCUCUUUUGGGGUGUGUUAUACACCAUGUUUGGGGGGUGGUGGUGGAUACUCCCUGCUGGCAGGGUAUGUCUGUAUGUGUGUACGUACAUGUGUAGGGGAGAUUGAAUUUGUGGGUAUCGUGUUGAAUGUCACACUGGACCACAUAAUUGGGAGGCAGGACUACAUCCCCAGAUCUUCCUAUGUAUGUGACCAUUUCUCAGUUGAGAUUUUUGGGAUCUGUGUUUACAGUACCCCUCAAAAGAGUUUAAUUCCUGUGGAUUGCACCCCCUUAUGACUACUAAGGAGUGGUGCCAUGUUUAUCACCCUGGUGCUGUGGGUUUAAGGUGUGGCAUUUUAAACCCAAGACUCUGGAAUGUAUAAUUGAAAGGGUGUAUGUGUGUAUGUUGUGAAAUGUUAAAUAGCACAGACCUGUCAUCUUGCUAAUGAACAUCAGUCCUGUAAAAUGUUUUUUUUAAGUGGGAGAGAAUAUAUUCUACACACUUCUUGUGGCCCCAACAACAAGUAACUACUGUUUCCCUUAAAUGUUAUUGUCCCUUCAUACUCGUAUCCUCUUUUGGCCAAGCCCUGAGAGAAGAAAGAGCAUGUUAUUAGGAAAUAAGCUCUUGGCAAUUAUUCAGAUCUUAGGAAAGUCCUCUUGCUCCAUUCUGUGAGCCCUCACCUAUGGCCUGGCCUCUUCCUCUCAGCUGGUAACACAAUGAUAGGGAUGGCUAUAGAUACAAAGCUGUUGGCAUUGGUUCUGUUUAGUUGGCGGGUCAGGAACUACCAGUUUAAGCAUAUGCCUAUCAAAAUAGUUCCCCCUUUACACUUGCUGCAGGAAACACCAGUUGUUUUUAACAGCAGUGUCCAAGGUAAAUACUCAGUGUGGGCUUCCCACAUGGCACUGUGCAUAUAUUUGAUGCAUCUUUAUGCAUGUGCAUCUUCAUGCACCUCACUGGUACAAUAUCAGUGACAAUGUCAGUGUAAUGCAGGUGUUUACCAGAGCUAUUGUAAUGGGUAGAGCUGUCCUUCACACUUCUAAAAGCACAGCCAACUCCCUCCCUGUCAUCCUUUCCCUAGCCCUUUCCUUCAAACUCAAGUCUUGCCUUGUCUCCCAAUUCCAGUAUUUUUUAUUUUAAAAAAUCCUAAACUCCCGCCUUUCCUUUAAAAAUAAUAAUGAAAUGUUCCAGAUCUGUAAUUGUUUUUAUUCCCUGCACAAUUGCACAGCAAGGAUUAGUCAUUUUGUUUAAACUCUGGUUUUAUGAAUUGAAUCCAGCUCAUAUUCGGAGGAGAGAAAGGAGAGAUGGCUCAGGCCUCCUUCUCCCCAUUUUCUUCUCUCUAUGUGAAGGAACAAGGGAUGUACCAGAGUCACUGUCUUGUGUGUCUUUUUAAUAUACAUUAAUCUACAGAUUGUAUAUGGGUUCUGAAUGUAAAAUGGAGCACUGUGCAUAUGACAUGAGAUAAGGUUUCUAUAAUAAAGAUUGU